GCCUGCGGGGUGGGAAUAGUGACGGAAUCCGGGAGGUGAAGUGAGAGGAAGUGAGGAAAGGGAAAGGGAAAAAAAUCUGGCUGCGGAGUGGGAGUGGCUGCCGCUGGCACCUGGGCUGGAGAAGGCCGAUUUUCUGCUGAACUGAAAGCUGUUCCACCCGGGAACACUCCUUCCUCGUCCUGUAGCUGUGAGAUUAGGCAGCCGAGGCUCGGGGAGAAAGCGGCUUCUCCCUGUGUAAGUAGCCAGGCCGGGAUUGGAACCUAGGACCCACGCGUCUUCCCCUCGUCGCAGCACCUGCACCUUGGUGGGCAGGUCUAGGAAGGCACCGCCCAGGGUGAGCAGCCUGCGCAGACCCAGUGCCCAAGCGAGCAAGGCCGAACGUGGGCCGUCUCGGUCCCGGUCACCGGCAGCUCCCCCGGUCCCGCGUCGCAGGCCUUGAUGGAACAGCUGGAGAAGGAGGCGAUGCUGAGCGAGCGGAGAUACGAAGGCUCCUUCACGUCGACGCUGAAGACUCUCCUGGUUUUCUCGGCUUUAAUGAUCACUUUGCCCAUUGGAUUAUAUUUCUCCUCUAAGUCCUAUGUGUUUGAGGGUACUUUGGGAAUGUCUAACAGAGACAGCUAUUUCUAUGCCGCGAUCGUGGCUGUGGUGGCAGUUCACCUGGUACUUGCCCUCUUCGUCUACUUUGCGUGGAAUGAAGGCUCACGCCAGUGGCGGGAAGGCAAACAAGACUGAAGGGAGCAGCACCCCUUUUGGAAUAAGCAUAGAAUAAGGAAACAGGUGCAGAGUACAUUUAUGAUUAGGUUAGGAUGCAGGAAACUGCUUAUGGCUCUCCAUCCGAGGAGUCAUUCCCCUCAUAGUACAGUAGUUUGUGAAAUCUGUCAUUUCACUCAUGUUAUUUCAAAAGAAAAGGUUAGAAAGUUAAUGAGCUGGAAUUGAUAGGCAAAGAAUUCCACCAUUUCACAAAGAAAAUAUAUUUUUCAAUGUUUUGAUGUAUUAUAUGCAAAAUUGUCGAUGACACAUGCAGGUUUUAUCAAGCAGAUUAAACUGCAUUUUACACUGGAAAUGAGUAAAAACUGUUUAGGCCAUUAGAUAUGUCUUUUUGUUUUCUUUUCAUGUAGAUAAGUGCUUAGGUUUAAGACACUAAAAUUAAUCUUUCACAAUGAAAAUAUAUUUCACAGAGUUUUGUUGUAUUACAUGCAAAAAUUGUUCAGGACACAUGCAGGUUUUAAGUAGCAGAUUAAACUGCACUUUACACUGGAAAUGAGUAAAAACUGCUCAGGUCAUUAGAUUUUUUUGUUUGUUUUCAUUUCAUGUAGAUAAGUGCUCAGGUUUUAGACACUGAAAUAAAUCUUUCCCAUUAAUGUUGCACCUUAAGAUUUAUUCAGUAGCGUGAAUUUUUCUGUACAUUAUUCUGGUUGAAAAUGAAUAAAUCACAUCCAUUCAUAUUGAAGCAAUUUUGGUUUUCUGAAGGAUGUAUAUGCUACAAUGGGGUCCUGUUUCCCUAGUAAAUUGGUGAAAGAGAAAUUAAUGUUUUUUUUUUAGCUACACUACAUUAUUUAAAAAAAACUACUUUUUAAUUCAUCAUAAUUCCAUAGUUUGCAUAAUCAUCAUCUAGCAAGGAAAACCUUUCUGUCAUCCUAAGGUACCUGAGAAAGGCACCCCUUGAAAGUUCACUGUCUUGUGGAUGAGAACAAAGUUCUAGUCAGGAACAAAUAUUGCUGGAGUGCCAACUCAGUCUUGUUUUUCCUGGGGUUAUGAAGUUUUUAAAAUGACACUGCCCUUGCUUGGAGGUGGGGAGCACACGUCAACUGGCAUUCUUUUCAACCACUUGAAACCUACAGCUUCCAGUAUUUGUAGCCAUUUCCUAAUUUUAGAGAAAUUAUUGAUUUAAGCAAAUUUCACCCACCUCUGAUUUCCAAGUUUUUAUGGUGCAUAUUUAUAUAGAUCACUUUGUUAUAGGUCAGUUUCACUAUGGAUCUUUUUACUAGAAACCAAAUUUUCAAUAUCAGAGCUUCCUUGUAGUGAAAGUUCUGAGAUGAGGUAAUAGGUCUCCUUAACCUAUUCAAUUUGCCUUUGUUACUGGUUUUUCUAUAUGUGAUUUAAAGUAACUGAAUUCUAAAAAUAGUCUGAGGGAAUGAGGAGACAUGAUUAAAGGUAAAAAUCAAAUGAAAGGAUUGAAGUUUACAUUAUUGAGAAGUAAUAAAAAGAAUGUCUGAAUUUAUUGGCCCCCUGUUCUUGCCCUUCAGUGUUGUCUGCCAAUUCAGACUGCUUGUAGGUGGAAAAUAUGAAACUUAGACUUCCUGCAAAGGCUGCUUUUUAGGUCAAGAGAUGUCUUCUGGAAGUCUUUAUAUCAAUUGUUUUUAACAAUUUCUUACAACCUACAUAAGUUAUGUGGUUUCUUUUUACAUCAUUUCUUGGCUUUUGUGCGUGGGGGGUUGGGUGGGGUAGGCAUCUUCCCUUUUUUUUUUUUUUUUUAGUGAGGCAAUUGGGAUUAAGUGACUUGCCCAGGGUCACACAGCUAGUAAACGUGAGGUGUCUGAGGCCAGAUUUGAACCCAGGUCCUCCUGACUCCAGGGCCGGUGCUCUAUCCACUGCGCCACCUAGCUUCCCCCUUCUUCCCAUUUCUAAAAUGAGUUUCCAGUGUGACAUUCUACUAUUCUUCAUCCUUGCAAUCCCAAUUGUUCACCUAGUAUAUAAACUCUGCUCUAUUUGUUAUGUGCUUAGAUUAAUAGGUAAAUAGAAGCAAGCUCUUAGUCACUUCUGUUAGAAUGAGGUCCUGAAAAUUUGUGUAAAAAAGGACAAAACCAUUUUAUUUUCCAAGCAAUUGCUUUCUCAACGGAGGAGUCUCUUGUUCAGUUGUUUUUAAUCAUGUCCAACUUUCAUGACUCCAUUUGGGGUGCCAUUUCCUUCUCCAUUUCAUUUUACAGAUGAGGAAACUGAAGCAAACAGGAUAAAGUGACUUGUCUAGGGUCACAAAGCUAGUAAGUGUCUAAGGCCAGAUUUAAACUCAGGAAGAUGUCUUCUGACUCCAGGCCAGGCACUCUAUUCACUAUACCAUCUAGCUGCCCUGUUGUACCAUCUACCUGCUGGAGCCUCCUACUUCACGACUGUCCUUCUGCAUGCUACAGAGGGUCAGUGACAAAUAGGGCUACUUUGGAAAGUGCUUCACUGAAGAGUUCCCUUUGUACAGUUCAUGUGCCUUAUCUAAAACAUUUUAAUAAAAACUUUUUAUUUUGAAAAAAAAUGAUUCUACUUCAUCAACAUCUACUCUUGAGAGCUUCUUGGCAAGUGGACUCCAGCACACCUCUGAGUGUUUCCUGAAGUAGAAACAGGCCCAGAGAGAUGAAGUGAUUGGCACCAAAUCAAAAAGCAUUUAUGAACUUUAAAAAGUUUCAGUUAAGCAUUUAUUUUCUCUUACCCCCCAUUUGAAAAAAAAAGAAAGAAAAAACUCUUGUAGCAACAAAUAUGCAUUAUCACACAAAACAAGUUCCCACUUUGCCCAUGUCCAAAAAACAUGUUUCAUUAUGUACCCUGAGUCCAUCACCUCAAUACUGUGGUAAAAAAAAAAUGAAAGUUUUUUAAUAGUCGGUUAGGAUAACUGAAAGAUGCCAGUUUUUUUUUAGGACCACCCUUUUGGGGAGGAGACAAACGGCA